ACAGCAGACCACAGACUUUCCAAAUAUGAUACUUCGGAGCCUUAGAUCUUACCAUGGGUCUCUUUUCGGAUGUGAGGAGAGGGAACCUCAACUAGAUCGUAGCCGGGCUGUCGGUUUGAUAGGCCGCUAGUCAGCAACGUCCCAGUGGAAUCCUAGUCGAGGGUCGCCUCCAACUACUACCCGCCUACGAUCUUUAUAUAAUAUCCCCGCAUUAUCGUGACAUGCAUUAGCCGUCGUUACGGUAGCGCCAGAGUAGAGGCAUCGAGCUUGGUUUUUCUAUACGUUCGAUUUCUUCUUGGCAAAGGAUUUGGACGGACGCGCUUCAUCAUGCUAUUAAUUACCAGCCGCAGCUAGGUACGCUGCCAGCAUAAAAUAUUUGAAUGGCAUCAUAUCCCUCGCAUCGCGUACGCUCUUCGUCGCUUCUCUGGCACAUAUACCUUGGUUUUAUCUAUUGAAUUGGAAUGGUUUGACUCUUACCUACCGGCAUAUAACAUCGAUCUUGACGACUCUCGCGCGCGAAGAAAGGAAUCCCUACCUAGGUACCUAAAUGCCAUUAUGGUUCAUCCUCGUCAACCCAUAGCCAAGGGCCAUGAGGAGGAACAUGAACAGUUAGCGCACAGGGAAGCGCCAGAAUUUGAAUACGUCUAUUGGACGAAGGAGCCGCAUCUACGGAAAUUAUACGCAUGGGCUUGUGUACUGAUGAUAGCCUCGGCAACAACUGGAUACGAUGGAAUGCUCGUCAAUACUUCUCAGCAAAUAGAUCGCUGGAAACAGUACUUUCCCAAGACUCAGGUCGGGCCCGAUAACUCUCAAGACGUAGCCGACAGUUGGCUCGGACUCCUCGUGAACAUGUUCAACAUCGGGAGCAUUUUGAGUUUCUUCCUCACACCGUAUAUUGCCGAUAACUGGGGUCGGAAGACAUCGAUAGCCAUUGGAUGUGUCUUCAUGAUAAUUGGGGGUUGUGUGUCGGCGUUCUGUAAUGGAUAUGAAAUGUUUAUCACUGGUCGUCUAAUCCUUGGCUUUGGUAACAGUUUAUCACAAAUGGCCUCUCCUUUACUCCUCACGGAAAUAUGUCAUCCUCAGCAUCGUGGACCCGUAACGGCGGUCUAUAAUUGUUUAUGGAAUUUAGGUGCUCUUUUGGUGGCCUGGGUCGGCUGGGGCACUGCGCAGAUCCGGAAUGACUGGAGUUGGAGGUCAAUCACUCUCAUCCAGAUAUUACCCUCGUUAAUCCAGAUCAUCUUCAUCUACUGGAUCCCAGAAUCCCCGCGAUAUCUCAUAGCGAAAGAUCGCCAUGACGAGGCGCUCGAUAUAUUAGCUAAAUAUCAUGCUGGUGGCGACAAGAAAGAUGUGCUCGUCCAGUUCGAAUUUAGGGAAAUCAAGGAGACAAUGCGGAUGGAGAAACAAGUAGCACGCGCCGCCGGUUACCUUGACUUCUUACGGACUAAGGGAAACUUAUGGCGUUUAGCAAUUCUCGUUUCUUUAGGUGUUAUAUCUCAGUACAGCGGAAACGCGCUUUUCUCGAAUUAUAUGGACACCGUCUAUGAGGGCGCUGGAAUAAAGGUUCAAGACCAGAAGCUCGCUUUGAGCGGCGGGAAAACAAUCCUCGAUCUCAUCGUGACGAUCCUUGCCGCCUUGAACGUCGAUAGGUUCGGUAGACGACCACUCUUCCUAAUAUCAACAUCGGGGAUGGUGGUAUCGUUCGUAAGCUGGACGAUUUGUGGCGCUAUUUACGAGAACUCGGACCUGACUAAUGUAGCUUCUGGUUACGCACAGCUAGUAUUUAUCUGGCUAUUUGGAAUUUUCUAUGAUAUCGGGUUCUCGGGACUGUUGAUUGCUUACGCACUAGAGGUGCUUCCCUUCAAGCUACGCGCUAAGGGUAUGAUGAUUAUGAACAUCACAGUACAAGCUGUGCUUGCACUCAGCAACCAGACAAACAAGAUUGCUUGGAACAGGAUGCCGAAACACUGGAAUUUCAUGCUUUUUUAUACUCUGUGGGAUUUCUGUGAGCUGGCAUUCGUUUACUUCUUCUAUGUCGAGACGAAAGGACCUACGCUAGAGGAGAUCGCAUGGAUAUUCGACGGCGUAGACGCUGUCGCCAACAUCGACAUUCGCCAGGUCGAGAAGGAAAUGCAUGAGAUGGAAAGGGAACAGAGCAUCGACUCAGCGGCUUUGUCGUCAAGGGGCAAGGGGGUUGUCUGAAUUGACCAUUUCCCUCCACAAUCGACAUGGAUUCGAUUGAUGCUUUAUGAGUUGACCUUAUGGUUGAGGCGUGAUAAUUAUUGAGUACGGUGAGUGGCCUCUCUGUUUCAUAGGCGCAGGAAAUAUGAAAAAUUGGGACGGGGCUUGAUGAUACCAACCUUGGAAUCUUGGAAUACUAUCUACUAAGGUACUAGGCAUUUACCUACCUACCUUGUAGUAUUUACUUACCUAAGGAGGUACCCAAGGUAUAUUUAAUUUAUAUUUAAAAUUGAAGCUUGCUUUGCCCG